AUGGUCGCCAUCGUCAUCACCAUAGCACUUCUGCUCUCUUAUCAGUCCUCAAGCGGACCGCGGCUAUGGGUCCGAGCCCAAUCUUCAGAAGCACAUGACCACCAAAGUAUUCAACAACCCCUGGAUCCUGAUGCUGGACUUGUGCCAUCGACACCGUCAACUUCCUUGCCUGGGGUUCGUGACUUUCCCCGCACCAUCUGGCAAACUGGCAGCACCGACGGCAUCAAAGAGUAUGCCAAACAGUCCCAGACGUGGUCGACGCAAAACCCCAACCACACGCAUGUCAUUCUCACAGACAAAGAUGCCAACGACUUUGUGCAGCAGCACUUCCCUUACCGGCCCUCCCUUCUCCGCUUUUGGAACGAGCUCCGAGUCCCCGUACUGCGCGCCGACCUACUACGCUACCUCGUCAUCCUCUCCCGCGGCGGCGUCUACAGCGACAUCGACACUUCGUGCCUAAUGCCGAUCACGCAGUGGAUCCCGGCACAGUACCGCUUGUCAGCCAACGCGGUCGUGGGCAUCGAGUACGACGACAGUAGCAUGAAGAUGUUCGUUCGGCCCAUCUCCUUCAACCAGUGGACCCUGAUGGCCAAGCCGGGCCAUCCCAUCUUCGAGCGCGCCGCCGCCCGCGUCAUCAGCAACCUGGAGUUUUUAGCCCGCCAGAAGCGGCAGACUCUCUCAAACCUCAAGCUCGAAAUGGUCGAGACGCUCGAGGCCACGGGGCCGGGAAUGAUCACCGAUGUUGUCAUGGAGGUACUGCGCGACCAGGGACACAACGUCGACUGGAAGACGUUCCAUGCGCUCAAGGAGCCGAUGCUACUUGGGGAUGUGCUGAUCCUGCCUAUCAACGGUUUUGCUGGACACCAGAAGCACAGUCACAGUGGGGAUCCGGCGUUUGGGCCGAAGUUGGUGCAGCAUCAUUUCGGGAGGACGUGGUAUCGCAAGAAGCCGACGCCGGAGCCUGAGCAAGAGCAGGGGCCCAGGAAGGAAGUGGCUCUGGUGAAGGAGGAGCAAGUGGAGAAGCAGCCCGUUGGGAAGCAUGAAGAAACCAAAGCGUGA